GAAGUGCGGAGCUUGAAACUGACUGGGAACUUGAGUGGCGCCGCGACUUGCCAGUUUCACUCCAGGAACUUUUCUUUGCAGGAGGAGGAGAGAAGGGGUGCAGUCGCCCCCCGCUUUUUGCUUUCUUCCGCCCCUCCUCUCCAAUUCGCCUUCCCCCACUUGGAGCGGGCAGCUGCGGGUUGGCCCCCGCGCGCCUUCCUAAAAGCUCGCCGCUGCGGCCGAGUGACGCGCCAGGCUCCCCGGGAGCCGCUCGCCCCGCGUCCGGGCAGCCGAGGGGAGAGUAGCCCGCGCCUCGAGCCCCCGAGCCGCCGCGGCUUCUCGCCUUUCCCGGCCACCCGCCCCCUGUCCCGGGCCUGCGUAUGAAUCUCCUGGACCCCUUCAUGAAGAUGACCGACGAGCAGGAGAAGGGCCUGUCCGGCGCCCCCAGCCCCUCCAUGUCCGAGGACUCGGCGGGCUCGCCCUGCCCUUCGGGCUCCGGCUCCGACACCGAGAACACGCGGCCCCAGGAGAACACGUUCCCCAAGGGCGAGCCGGACCUGAAGAAGGAGAGCGAAGAGGACAAGUUCCCCGUGUGCAUCCGCGAGGCCGUCAGCCAGGUGCUCAAGGGCUACGACUGGACGCUGGUACCCAUGCCGGUGCGCGUCAACGGCUCGAGCAAGAACAAGCCGCACGUCAAGCGGCCCAUGAACGCCUUCAUGGUGUGGGCGCAGGCGGCGCGCAGGAAGCUCGCCGACCAGUACCCACACCUGCACAACGCCGAGCUCAGCAAGACGCUGGGCAAACUCUGGAGACUGCUGAAUGAGAGCGAGAAGCGGCCCUUCGUGGAGGAGGCGGAGCGGCUGCGCGUGCAGCACAAGAAGGACCACCCGGAUUACAAGUACCAGCCGCGGCGGAGGAAGUCGGUGAAGAACGGCCAGGCGGAGGCCGAGGAGGCCACAGAGCAGACGCACAUCUCCCCCAACGCCAUCUUCAAGGCGCUGCAGGCCGACUCGCCGCACUCCUCCUCCGGCAUGAGCGAGGUCCACUCCCCCGGCGAGCACUCCGGGCAAUCGCAGGGUCCACCGACGCCACCCACCACCCCCAAAACCGACGUGCAGCCGGGCAAGGCUGACCUGAAGCGAGAGGGGCGCCCACUGCCAGAGGGGGGCAGACAGCCCCCCAUCGACUUCCGCGACGUGGACAUCGGCGAGCUGAGCAGCGACGUCAUCUCCAACAUCGAGACCUUCGACGUGAACGAGUUCGACCAGUACCUGCCGCCCAAUGGCCACCCGGGGGUGCCGGCCACGCACGGCCAGGUCACCUACACGGGCAGCUACGGCAUCAGCAGCACAGCUGCCACCCCGGCGGGCGCUAGCCACGUGUGGAUGUCCAAGCAGCAGGCGCCGCCGCCGCCCCCGCAGGCGCCCCCGCCGGCCCCGCCGGCGCCCCCGCAGCCGCCCGCGCAGGCGCCCCCCCAGCCGUCCGCGCAGGCGCCCCCGCAGCCGCCCGCGCAGGCGCACACGCUGACCACGCUGAGCAGCGAGCCGGGCCAGGCCCAGCGAACGCACAUCAAGACGGAGCAGCUGAGUCCCAGCCACUACAGCGAGCAGCAGCAGCACUCGCCUCAGCAGAUCGCCUACAGCCCCUUCAGCCUCCCGCACUACAGCCCGUCCUACCCGCCCAUCACCCGCUCGCAGUACGACUACACUGACCACCAGAACUCCGGCUCCUACUACAGCCAUGCGGCGGGCCAGGGCUCCGGCCUCUACUCCACCUUCACCUACAUGAACCCGGCGCAGCGGCCCAUGUACACCCCCAUCGCCGACACCUCCGGGGUCCCUUCCAUCCCGCAGACCCACAGCCCCCAGCACUGGGAACAGCCCGUCUACACACAGCUCACCAGACCUUGAGGAACGCUUAGAGAGCGACGAUGGCCAUGAUGAUCGUAAAAAGAACCCAAGAAAUAACGCAACCAACCAGAAUUUCCUUUGGACAUUUUUUUUUUUCUUACCUUUAAAGACAUGUACGCUGAAGGCAAGUCGAACUCAGAUUACAAGACAGAAACAUUGACUAUCCAAACGCAUUACCACCUUGUUGUGAAUCAGUGGCCAGGCCACUCUUGGCUAGACGGACCAGCAGAACCGACGGGAAACUGGACUGGAAACCUUCAAAGCAAGCGUGGAGGGUGAUGGAGAUUCGUGUGACCAGUUGGCUCAGUCUCUCUGCCUGUUUGGACUUUGUAAUUAUUUUUUAGCAGUAAUUAAAGAAAAAAGUCCUCUGUGAGGAAUAUUCUCUAUUUUAAAUAUUUUUAGUAUGUACUGUGUAUGAUUCAUUACCAUUUUGAGGGGAUUUAUACAUAUUUUUAGAUAAAAAAAAUUAAAUGCUCUUAUUUUUCCAACAGCUAAACUACUUAGUCGAACAGCGUGCCCUAGCUUUUCUUGCAACCAGAGUAUUUUUGUACAGAUUUGCUUUCUCUUACAGACAAACAGACAAAAAAAAAAAAAGUGUGUGUGUUGUAUUAACCUACAGAAGCCACAGAUUUGUGUUACGUGAUCAGUUUGGGGGGUUAGCUUUGCUUAAUUCCUCAGGCUUUCUGAUUCAAGGAGGAGUUGCCUUAGAAAAAUCAAGGCCUUACUUUGCAAAUACGGAAGUAAACAAUAGUCUAGAGACGAUUUGGUAAGCAUUUGGUAAGCUUUAUCAUAUAUAUGUUUUUUAAAUGAGAAAAACACCUUAAAGCCUUAAAACCAUGCUGCUGGAAAAUCCUUGUGCCCUCUUCUAGUGCAUUUAUCCUCCUGUGUUUGCUCGCUCACCGCAACCUUAAGAAAGAAGCAAAAAGCAAGCAAAGGAGACGAAAUCUGUUUGGGGAAUGUUUCAGCAGCCAAUACUGUGCCCCAGCACACUGCCCCCUGGUUGCCUGCCCGGGCCCCAUGUGGAACACAGAUGCUAGAAUCCUCUCACUUACACUGUCACCUGUGCCUCUCUGAAAACCAGCAGUUAACUUCAAGACAUUCCAUGUGCUAAGAUUAUUUAUUUUGUAAGGAGAGGUUUUAAUUAAAAACAACAAAAAAAUCUUCUUUUUUUUUAAAUUUUUUAAAUUUACCUUCUUUAAAAUAGGUUGUUGGAGCCGCGUCCUCAAAGGGUAUGGUCAUCUCUUGUUAAAUUAUGUCCUUAACUGUAACCAGUUUUUUUUAUUUAUCUCUUUAAUCUUUUUUUUUAUUAAAAACAAGUUUCUUUGGAUUCCUUGUCCUAGAUUUGUAUAAAUGCCUUUUUGUCUGUCCUUUUUUUUUUU